AAACAUUACUAAAUUCCCAAGGAUAUUAAACCCUCAUGGACCAAAACACAAACAAAAAGGACCAAGAAAUAAUUAAACGAAAAUACAAUAUAUAUAUAGCUCAGUCCUCACCGAUUCUCACUGAUUCGCUGAUUAAUAUCAGGUAUAAUUUGUAUUUUCUCAAUCUGAAUUCUGCAAAUAUCUUCGAUUCGAUGGCGAGCAAAGAUCCGUUGAUAAUCAGAGGUAAAGAUGAAAUGAGAGAGUGGUCGAGAUCCGCCAGAGCAGAAGGAAAGACCAUCGGCUUCGUUCCGACGAUGGGGUUUCUUCACGACGGCCAUCUUUCUCUGAUCAAUGAAUCUAAAAAACACGCAGAUCUCACCGUUGUCUCGAUUUAUGUAAAUCCAGGCCAAUUUUCACCCAACGAGGAUCUCUCCACUUACCCGUCGGAUUUUGACGGCGAUAUUCAGAAAUUGAAGAGCGUUAGUGGCAGCGGCGUCGACGUCGUUUUCCACCCCCAAAAUCUGUACGAUUACGGGCAGAAUGGUGGCCGGAGAAAUGGCGGCGGCGGAGAAGAGGGGAAGGUGGUUUCAUGUGUGGAAAUUAAUGGUGGGAUGGGUCAUGAGACGUGGGUGAGAGUUGAGAGAUUGGAGAAGGGUUUGUGUGGGAAUAGUCGACCUGUUUUCUUCAGAGGGGUGGCCACCAUUGUUGCGAAGCUGUUCAAUAUUGUUGAGCCUGAUGUUGCUGUGUUUGGGAAGAAGGAUUAUCAGCAAUUGAGGAUUAUUAAAAGGAUGGUUCGAGAUCUCGAUUUUGGGAUAAAUGUGAUUGGUGCAGAUUUAAUUCGUGAUGAAGAUGGCCUUGCAAAGAGUUCGCGUAAUGUGCACUUGUCUCCCCAGGAAAGGGAGAAGGCAUUGUCUAUAAGUAAGUCGCUGUUGAAUGCGAAAUUUGCAGCAGAAAAGGGUCAGUUAAAUUGCAAAGAGUUGAGAGAUUCUGUUAUCCAGGCCAUACAAGAAGCUGGUGGAAAAGUUGAUUAUGCAGAGAUUGUAGACCAGGAAAGUUUGGAAUCACUGAAAGAGAUUACUAGUCCUGCUGUGUUCUGUGUUGCUGCAAUUUUUGGAAAUGUCCGCCUCCUCGACAAUAUGGAAAUCAACGCUUGACGGAAUGGCUAAAAACAUAUGAAUACUAACUACAACUGGUUUACCAACCAUAAAAAAUGAUCCUACAACACUCAUUUCACAUAUACAAAAAUGGGAAGCUCGUGAGAAUUUUACUCGGAAAAGUCUUGAGCAGCGACCAAUAUCAUACUAGAUUUAUGUCGUAGAGUUGAAUAUGUAAUAUCUGACUCUACAGAUCAGGAAAGUUUAAACCUGCAUUACCAUUUGAAUAUAAUUCGAUUUUUAUUUAUAUUCAACACUUGGAUGCACUUUUU